CGGGGGCCGACCGGGGGUCCUUUGGGUAUUGAGCAGCAACGCGUCCAUCCCGGGAGUGCAGGGCCGCAGCGGGAAAGGAUGGAAGAGGGAUGGGGAAGAAGAGAGAUCCGGGGGCAGAGGGGUUAUAGAGGACUUGUGGGGAGAAAGGACAAGGAAGGGUCAAAGGCAGCUUACCCUCUCCCUCCUCCCCAUGUCUCUCCAUCUCCCUCCUUCCUCCUUUAAGCCCUUUAUGCACCCAGCCCAUCACGAGGCCUCGGGGUCCUUGCCUCCUAUUCCACCAUCUUUCCCGUUUCUCCAGGCGGCUGGCAUUGGUUUGGGGGCCUUGAGCAUCAACACCCCAGAAUUUGCCUCUGAGGCCCAGAAGCUGAGUGAGCCCACUCUUGGCUCAGACAGAAACAGGGUCAUCAUGCUAGCCCCUUGGCUUCUGAGAAGCUUGAAGCUCUGGCCUCUGGUGGCCGCGGUCUGGUGUUUGGCAGCACUCCCUGCUCAGGCCAGCAAGAGCUCUGAAGAUAUCCGCUGCAAGUGCACCUGUCCACCUUACAGGAACAUCAGUGGACAAAUUUACAACAAGAAUGUGUCCCAGAAAGACUGCAACUGUCUGCAUGUAGUGGAGCCAAUGCCCGUGCCCGGCCAUGACGUGGAGGCAUACUGUCUGCUGUGUGAGUGCAGGUAUGAGGAGCGCAGCACCACCACCAUCAAGGUGAUCAUUGUCAUCUACCUGUCGGUGGUAGGAGCUCUGCUACUCUACAUGGCCUUCCUGAUGCUGGUGGACCCUCUGAUCAGGAAGCCGGAUGCCUACACCCAGCCGCUGCACAAUGAGGAGGAGAAUGAGGAUGCCCGCUCCCUGGCAGCGGCCGCAGCCCCUCUGACCGGCUCCCGGGCCAACACGGUGCUGGAGCGGGUGGAGGGAGCCCAGCAGCGGUGGAAGCAACAGGUGCAGGAGCAGAGGAAAACCGUGUUUGAUCGCCACAAGAUGCUCAGCUAGAUCUAUGACCACGGCUGCCGCAGGGUCGGCUUGGGCCACGGCAGUCUCAGGAGUCGCUCCUGCCGGCCCCAGCCUUCCCCAUUCCUCUGGUGACCUCUCCCCUCUGCUCUGGAGCCUAUGGGGUUUCCUCUCUUCCCCUUUCUCUCCCUUCCUUUGGUGCACAGUAAGUGGUUUAGGUGAGCCAGAAAGGGACAGUCCCCUCCCCGCUGCAUGCUAGGGAUGCCCAGGCACCUCCAAGUCCCCAAGCUGGAGAGAUGCUCCCAUGGCCCAUGGGUCAGUUCAAGACUCGGGAAGAAACAGCAGUCUAGAGAACUCUGUCCAAGGCAGGGGCAGCAGCCUGCCUCUUCCCACAACCCCCUCCCCCAGCCUCUACUAUAUUCUGAACCCAGGAGAAAGCCCCCAUUCCUCCCACAGCCCAGCAGACCACCUCCCUGCCAGGUGUUCUUCCUUCUUCCUUCUCCCCGCUGUCUCCCCCUCCUCCGAACCAGCACCAUCUUCCAUAGGACCUUAUUUAUUCUGCUGCAUUUUAUUUGAGCGUCAGAGCCAAAUGGCCCAAGCCUGUCCAGGAGAGGCCUCCACCCCUCCACUGCCCCCAGCCCCUGCCUGCCAAUGAAGAGCAAGCCUUUUGACCAGUGUGGGCCCCAGGGCAGAUCUGGGCCGCCCCCUUGCCUGGAAGAAACUGCCAAAAUAGCUCUCAGUUCCUGCCAGCUCCCCUAGGCCUCCCUCCACCCCCAUCGUGUUCACUCCCACUGGCCUGUCUGUAAGUCGAGGGAAUGGGGAUUAAAUGGUUCCUCUCACCCACCCA